AGACUGGACAAAGCUUCCAUAGCAAACUCAGAUGGCCCAGCAGCAGGUUCCCAAACACCUCCCUUCAAGAGAAAGGGGAAACUAUCCAGCAUUGGUAAAAUCUUUAAGCCUUGGAAAUGGAGGAAAAAGAAGACCAGUGACAAAUUUAGAGAAACCUCAGCAGUAUUAGAAAGGAAGAUAUCCACAAGACAAAGUAGAGAGGAGCUGAUAAGAAGGGGCGUGCUUAAGGAAUUGCCUGAUCAAGAUGGAGAUGUAACAGUUAACUUUGAAAAUUCAAACGGGCACAUGAUACCCAUCGGAGAGGAACCCACCAGAGAGGAAAAUGUAGCAAAACCCGAAGAAGGUAAUGGCCCUGUUUCUGAAAAAGCACCACCUCUGGAAGAAAACGCAGAAGAUAAGAAAGAGAACACUGAAAACCACUCUGAAACACCGGCAGCUCCUGCUCCACCUCCUCCAGCUCCUCCUAAGCCUAAACCCAAAUCCAAACCCAAAAAAACACCUGUGCCUCCAAAGGGGGCCACUGCGGGGGUGAGCCACAAGGGUGAUGAAGUGCCUCCCAUUAAAAAAAAUACCAAGGCUCCUGGUAAGCAGACCCCCGUCCCUCCACCCAAGCCAACAAGCCGAAACGCAACCAAAGAGGCAGCUAGUUCCUCUCAUUCAAAAAAAGCAACUGGCUCCAAACCAUCCACUUCACCAUCGACUUCAUCCACCUCAUCUCGUCCCAAAGCUUCAAAGGAGACAGUUUCUAGCAAAACAGGGACCGUGGGAACCACAAAGGGCAAGAAAAAAACUGGCAAGCAGCCAGCCUCUCGACCUUCCUCAGACACAGCCACCUCCGGUACGUCCGAUCUUAAAGGGGAUCCUUCAGAGACCAGAGCGGAGAGUCUCAAACCCGAGCAGGCUGUCCCUGGGACCGAGGAGCAGACCACAGGCAAAUCCAAGUCCGUGGUCCCUCCGCCCCCCUUGGCUCCACCGCCACUUCCCCCUGGCCCUUCUCUUUCCCCUGAGGAUCAGUGCGUUACUCCCUCAGACACCCCCGUCGUCCUGGUCAGCAGUGGGGCUGACCUGCCUGCCUCUGCCUCAGAUGCAAGUCAGCUUCUCUGGACUGAAGAGCCGACCAGCAAAACCACUCACCACUCAGGCACUGGCUUAAGUGUCAGCGGAGAAAAUGACACAUGUUUCUCAACCAAAGACGAGCUGGGGAAGGCAGCACCUCAGUUCCUGAUUCCUGGGCUGAUGGGAGAAUCUUCAGAAUCCUUCAGUGCUCCAGAAGAUGGAGGCCCACGGGAAUACCAGGCCAAUGAUUCUGAUUCUGAUGGGCCUAUCUUGUACACUGAUGAGGACGAGGACGAGGACGAGGAUGAGGAUGACAGUGGAGAAAGUGCUUUGGCAAGUAAAAUACGGCGAAGGGAUACUCUUGCUAUCAAACUUGGCAACAGACCAUCUAAGAAAGAAUUAGAAGACAAAAACAUCUUGCAGCGUACAUCUGAAGAAGAGAGACAGGAAAUCCGACAACAAAUUGGAACCAAGCUAGUAAGGAGACUUAGCCAGAGGCCUACAACUGAAGAACUAGAGCAAAGAAAUAUCCUAAAACGUGAAAAGAUACUUAUUUUCUUUUUUCUUAGAACCCCUAAAAGUCAAAUAAUGAUCAAGCUCAGCCUAAGACCCACUGUGGCAGAGCUACAAGCGCGAAGGAUCCUGCGGUUUAACGAGUAUGUAGAAGUCACCGAUUCCCCGGACUAUGACCGCCGGGCAGACAAACCCUGGGCCAGGUUAACACCUGCGGACAAGGCAGCGAUAAGGAAAGAAUUAAAUGAAUUCAAAAGCACAGAAAUGGAAGUCCAUGAAGAGAGUCGACAGUUUACAAGAGACCAGACUGGCCCCGCUAGUCGUAGUGGCUUCUGCGGCCUGGGACAGGGAGGACGCCUACCUGUCCGGAGGUGCGGGGACGCCGCGCUGCGGCAAGGUGUCCUGGUGUGGUUCGCUUUCACCACCCGGCUAACACUUUGCAGGUUGGCUCUCACAUGCCGAGGCUCCUUGGGGAAAGGAGUGAAGCGAGUGUCCUCUUUCCCCGUGGGGCCUUCAGCGCUGCAUGCGUUCGGUUGA